AUAUUGCAGUGGUUGGGUUCCCUGCAUCUUCCUCUUGUGUCGUUUACUCAUUUGGCUGUCUGCCUUCUUUCCUUUUCUUCUAUCUCUCUCCUCCUCUUUCCCUGUGUUUCUUACUUUACUCUUUUUUUCCCACUUUAUGAAAAUGAUGAUAUGAUUUCCAUGUAUAUUUUCUAGCUUCCAUCUUUUUACUCUUAGUACUCUGCUAUAUCUUUCAUGGCUUCAUCAACCCAAAUAGUUGAAGAACAAGACUUGGAAGUGGGUCAUAUCACACCCACGCCAAACCGAACACCAAUGGAACCGUCCCCUUCUCCAUCCCCAACCUCCACAUCGGCACCUGCUUUGGUUCUCUCCAAUUCUGGUAAACGCAUUGACCAAGCGGGAAAGAAAAAAUAUGUGAAGCAGGUCACUGGUCGUCACAAUGAUACAGAGCUGCACUUGGCUGCUCAACGUGGUGAUUUAGAAGCUGUGAAGCAGAUUUUGGGUGGGCAUAUAAAUUCACAGAUUGGGGAAAAUUUUAGUGGUGCUGAGUUUGAAGUGGAGGCUGCGGAGGUAAGGGCCUUGGUGGUGAAUGAGGUUAAUGAGUUGGGAGAGACGGCACUUUAUACUGCAGCUGAGAAGGGCUAUCUUGAUGUCGUGAAAGAGCUGCUGAAGUAUGCCAAUAAGGAUACUCUUACACAGAAGAACCGGAUCGGGUUUGAUCCUUUGCAUAUUGCUGCUAAUUCAGGACACCUUGCAAUUGUCCAGUUGCUGUUAGACCACGAUCCAGGGUUAAUAAAGACAAUUGGACAAUCCAAUGCAACUCCUCUGAUUUCAGCAGCUACAAAGGGACAUACAGAUAUAGUAAAUGAACUUCUUUCUAGGGAUAGUGGCUUAGUGGAUGCAUGUAAAUCCAACGGGAAAAAUGCACUGCAUUUUGCUGUUCGCCAGGGCCAUGUGGUCAUUGUGAGAGCGUUGCUUGAUAAGGAUGUAACUUUGGCGAGGAAGAUUGACAAGAAAGGUCAGACUGCAUUGCAUAUGGCUGUCAAAGGGAAUAAUUGUGAGGUUGUGAGAGCACUUCUUGAUGCAGAUGCAGCUGUUGCUUUGCGCACAGACAAGUUUGGCAAUACAGCUUUACAUGUGGCUACCAGGAAGAAGCGGGCAGAGAUAGUGAGUGAGUUGCUGAUGCUUCCAGACAUCAAUGUUAAUGCUCUAAAUAGUCAGCACAAAACCGCUCUUGACAUAGCUGUAGACCUUCCCCUCUCUGAAGAAUCCUCAGAAAUCAAGGAUGCCCUUGUCCGCAAUAAUGCUCUCAGGGCUAAUGAAUUGAAUCAACCAAGGGACGAGUUAAGAAAAACUGUCAGCCAGAUUAAGAAAGAUGUGCACCUGCAGCUCGAACAAACCAAACGAACAAACCAAAAUGUUAGUGGGAUUGCCAAGGAGCUCAGAAAACUCCAUAGGGAAGGGAUAAACAAUGCCACCAACUCUGUAACUGUUGUGGCGGUGCUUUUUGCAACAGUUGCUUUUGCAGCUAUAUUUACAGUUCCUGGUGGUGAUGAUGAUAAUGGGAUGGCUGUAACUGCUAAGACAGCUUCUUUUAAGAUAUUUUUCAUCUUCAAUGCCUUUGCUCUUUUUACGUCUCUGGCUGUUGUGGUAGUUCAGAUCACACUUGUCAGAGGUGAGACCAAAGCAGAGAGACGGGUGGUGGAAGUUAUCAAUAAGCUGAUGUGGUUGGCAUCAGUUUGUACUUCUGUUGCAUUCAUGGCAUCCUCUUACAUAGUUGUUGGACGAAAACAUAAGUGGGCUGCAGCUCUUGUGACAGUUAUUGGAGGUUUGAUAAUGGCUGGAGUUUUGGGCACAAUGACCUACUAUGUGGUCAUAUCUAAGAGAUCCCGCUCCAUUAGGAAAAAGGAUAGAAGUGCAAAGAGAAGCCUGUCAAAUUCAAUGCAUCAUUCAGACUUAUCCUAUUCAGAACCUGAUCGAUUUUAUGCCCUUUAGCAUCUCUUCCAUGAUUACAAUGAGGAAUUAAGGUUUAAGAUUAUAACCCAAAUGAUCUUUCCAAGAUCCCCAUUGCAGCAGUUCUGCGGGCCAGAAAUCUGGCACUCUAAUGGGUCAAGUUGUGAGAAGAUUGUGAUUUGUAUCUAAUUAAUAACACAUGGUUCAUCACGAUUUCUCUGCUCAGUUAAUUGAAGGACUGCAGUAUCUGGCAAGACUUAAAGAGCUGGAUACUGUCAGCUAUGUGAGCUGUCGACCCAUCUUGAAACUGGUAAAUAUUUUGUGUUUGAUUUGUCAUUCCUGUAGGUGCUGAAUAUUUGAAUUGAAAUUUCUAAGUAUGUAUCAGCAAAACCUGUAGAGGAAAUGUGACCAUGAUAGUCGUUGAUGCAACGACAUUGAAUGGCUACGGAUAUAUGUUUAUAUAACACGCUAUGGGAAUUCGUAUUAGCUUUGUCGUUGAUGCAACCACAUUGAAUGACUACGGAUAUAUGUUUAUAUAA